UAUACAAGACCCUUUUCUUCUAAUUUGAAAACAAAAAGAGUAUAUAUAAUGGUGGCAAAGUAUAGUAACUUUGCUUUGCUUGUUACAGCAGUGGUGCUUGUGUUUUCUACCACAACCUCUUAUAGGAUAUUCCCACCAAAUGCACCCAACCUCACCACCGCGGCGGCGGCUUCGUCUUUCUUCAAUAAUUCGGAGAGACAGGCUUUAAUACAGAGUGGCUGGUGGAGUCAUGACCAUAGUGACUUAAACCAUUGCAAAUGGACUGGCAUCAGCUGUGACCGUGCUGGAAGAAGUGUUGAAGAGAUUCAUGGAUGGGAAUUGAUUAUUAUUUCCGAAUCAUUGUGGCUACAGAACUUGAAUCUCACUGCCUUUCCCAACUUGGUCCAUCUGUAUCUUGAUGAAAUGGGGCUAAAGGGAAGCAUUCCCAAAGAAAUUGGUACUCUCACAAAGCUUUGCAAUCUCGAUCUGUCCAAUAAUAAUCUUGAUGGUAAGCUGCCGCCAACACUUUCAAACCUCACUCAACUUGAGUACCUUGAUGUUUCUUUUAAUUUUCUUAGUGGCAUCAUUCCUUCUACUUUGGGCCACUGCAAGGAGUUGAUUUCUUUUUCUCUUGCUUCAAACCAAAUUGAAGGUCCUAUACCACUAGAACUAGGAAAUUUGACAAGGUUAUAUUAUUUAGAUCUCUCCAAUAAUCUGCUAACAGACUUAAUUCCAUCAACUUUUAUUCAGUUGGUGAGUUUAAAUGAUCUCAACCUUGGAUCAAAUCAAAUUGGAGGUUCUAUACCAGUACAGAUAGGGAAUCUAACAAGUUUAUGUUCAUUGGAUCUUUCGAACAACUCCUUUUCUGGUUCAAUCCCCUUUCAAAUAGGAGCUUUAACUCAGUUGCAAUAUUUCCUCAUGGAACUCAAUCAAAUUAAUGGUUCUAUUCCUUCACAAUUUAUAAAUUUGCCUAGUCUAAAAGGUUUAGAUCUUUCUCAUAAUAAGUUGUCUGGUCCACUACCACCAAAUAUUGCAAGCACAAGUGGUAGGACUAUAGACCUUAGUCAUAAUUUUCUCACUGGUGAUAUCCCAUCUAUCUUUGGAGUGAAUUCAAUGAUGGAGAGUUUGGAUCUCAGUUAUAAUAAUUUCACAGGUAAACUGCACAAAGAACUUGCUAAUCUUAUAUCCAUAAACCUUUCAUACAAUUCCCUUGACUUUUCUCAAGACAUCAUGAGCUCAAAGUCACAGUUACCUGAUUAUUGUUACUUUCAACCAGAGUCAUUAAUUGGUUGCAACACACCAAGCUUCGCAUCCUGCCAUUCUACCCCAAAAACCCAACUUCCACAUAGUGCUAAAACUAAGCACCUGCUUGUAAUAGUUCUUCCUAUAACCUGCAUCAUUCUUCUCACAAUUAUAGCGAUAAUACUUUUGGCAAGACGCACCAAAAGUAAGAAACUCGAGAAAAGAACGGCAAAAAAUGGAGACUUAUUUUCUAUAUGGAACUAUGAUGGAAAAAUUGCAUUUGAAGAUAUCAUUGAAGCAACACAGGACUUUGAUAUCAGAUAUUGCAUAGGAACUGGUGCAUAUGGUAGUGUAUAUAGAGCACAACUUCCAAGUGGCAAAGUUGUUGCAGUGAAGAAACUUCACCAAAGGGAGUCACAGAAUCCUUCUUUUGACAGGAGCUUUCGCAACGAGGUAAAGAUGUUAACAGAAAUCCGCCAUAGAAACAUUGUCAAGCUCCAUGGAUUUUGUCUUCAUAGUCAGUGUAUGUUUCUAGUUUAUGAAUACAUGGAAAAAGGAAGCUUAUUUUAUGCCUUGAGAAUUGAUGAUGAAGCUGAAGAGCUAACUUGGAGCCAUAGGGUGAAUAUACUUAGUGGAGCUGCUAAUGCAUUGUCUUACAUGCAUCAUGAUUGUUCCCCACCAAUAGUUCACAGAGAUGUAACAAGCAACAACAUUUUGUUGAACUCAGAGUUGCAUGCUGUUGUCUCUGACUUUGGCACCGCUAGAGUUCUUGAUCCAGAUUCUUCAAACCAAACCUUGAAAGUUGGAACAUAUGGAUAUCUUGCUCCAGAAUUGGCAUACACAUUGAGUGUGACAGAAAAAUGUGAUGUAUAUAGUUUCGGAGUGGUGGCAUUGGAAACAAUAAUGGGAAGACAUCCGGGAGAUCUUAUCUUGUCUUUGUUCAACUCUUCUAACAAAAACAUAAUGGUAAAAGAUCUCUUGGAUUCACGCAUCAGUUUACCAUUAUGUCAAAAGGAUGCUCAAGCUAUAGUUCAAGUGGUAACAUUGGCAUUGGCAUGCUUGCGCUCUAAUCCAAAAUCAAGACCAUCAAUGCAGCAAGUGGCUCAUGAGCUUUCUAAUUUCAAACAAUCAUCACUGUCUUUGCCUUUGUCUGAAAUCACAGUCCAUCAGAUGAUAGCUUAGAGAAUGUAUUUUGUUUCAGUUCAGUAUGGACUACUAUGCUCAAUCAGGAAAAGCUUGAUCCUCACAUUGCUGCAUCUAGUGUUCAUCUGGAUAGCAUCCUUAGUUAUUUUGGCUUAUUUUAAUUAGCUUUGGUCUUGUAAUCUUGAAUUUCAACUAAAUAAUGUUAACCGUUUUGAGUUUUUAUAUAUCA